AGAUAAUCUUGACUCCGUCAACCUUUCAUGCACUGAGGCGCGCCACGUGCAUCCCUGUUGACUCUUCCGACAGCCUUGCGAGGGUCACAUGGUACAGACAGAAGCUCCAGGACAAACGAGCCUCAUCAUCAUCUGCCGAUCACAAGAUCCCUGGGACGGGCCCAAAUGGAGGGGAGUCUACAAAGAUGGGGGGUGGGGGGUGCAUUUUUUUUUGCUGUUAGGAAAUCAUAGCAUAACAUUUAUAAUCAUCUCAUAUGGGACGUUAUCUUCAUGUGGCAUAUCUGGCAAUCCAAAUGUUUCAUGAGAACACAGAUUGACGGUUUCAAAAAAAGUGUUACAAAAUCAUUAUUUGGUUUGUUCUGGGAUCAACAAGUGUUUGUUUUCUCCUCAAACCACCCCCACCCCCCUUCUUGGAUCUUCCCAUCUCCCUCCCUUGUGCUCAGUAACGCCUUUGUUUGGCUGAGCAUCCCUCACACUACAUGCCUUGACUGGAGACGGCGCCCUGUGGCAUCUCGUUGACUGAAGGCCAUGUACAUCUAACAUCCAAAGUUGGGCGCGAGCGAAAUAAAAAGAGUGUCCACUUGCGCCUGAAACCGGAGACCUUGGCGUCGUUACCUGAGCCGCUGAACGGAUGACUCUCCGAAGGCCAGCUGCUCACCUGCCGAUGGGCUGGAGGAGAUCCGGAGAUGAGUCCCGGUGCGAGACGCAGAGCUCCAAGGGGGAAAGUUUCUCCCGGUUCUCCCGACGAGCCGCUCGGCCUCAGAGCGCCAUCGAGGGCAGCCAGUUGGACGGCUGGAUUCAGCAACUCCACAGAAUGCAGGGCGACAACCAUAGGAGAGAACCAAGCCAUGAAAGACCGUACCGGACUCCCUCCUUCAGCGGGGUCUCGUCGUCCUGCGGCAAUUUGGCGAGAAGUUCUGCGGGCAGCCGGGAGUCCCUCCAAAGUGAGUUCUUUGUCCCCGUGGGGCGCUGGGGGAGUCUGGAAAGGGUUCAUAUUUCGCAGACGCCCAAAAAGGAGCAGUCCCAACUCAGUGAUGUUGCGCCGGUGAAAAGCGGGUGGCUCCCGAUUCAAGGAAGAGUGAUGAAGGAGGAAGAUUCGCAGGACCGAAGAAAAAAUGCUUCGCCGCACUCUGCUGCGCAGGUGAAACUGAAACAACCGAUCACGCCGACAUUUCAGAAGAGUCGAGGAGCAGUCAGCCUGCACCAAGGGGGCCAAGCGGAGAGGAGUCAGCGCGGGACGUGGCGGACCCCCGACCGGUCGUCACCUGUCAUCAAACAGGUGUUAGGCAAGCAAAGCUGCGCUGCUAAUGAGCAGGGAAGGACUGGAAUCUGGAAAGCACUGAGAAGAGGCUGGAAUAGUAACAGGGUGUCAGGGACUCGGUCCGGUCAACCCCCGACGGAGAUCCUUUCAGACCCACGUCAGGUUUCACCUCUCGUAAGAAAAACCAGAGUAGAAGAUCCUCCGCGGAGUCCUGUGAGAACUUUAGUCGAGUAUGGCCGACCUGACUCUGUGCAACAUGGGUACUGUAGUUCUCCUGACUCCCACAGGAAGCCAACCAGAGCCGAGGAACCCCCGAUAUGUUGUCCACUGACAACUUCCCCUCGGUACAAGGUGCCCGAUCCUUCCCGCGGGGCGAGUGGCGCUCCAUCCGCGACGCAGCCGUACAGGCGCCACAGCUUACAGCCGCAACACAUCCAGACCACGUCCACGCCCGCCACUCUCAUCCCCCGUACCAAAGUGGGAUUCUCAUCCAUCACCAUCUCCAGCCGGAAAGUCAGCCGCUCUGCCAGUCUGACCGCGUCAGACAGGCCUCAAACCGCCAACCCUCAGCCCGCCGAUCCCAUGGACCAGAGGAAGGCCACCAUCGUCAAAGUAACCGAGCAGAGGACCACCGUCAGCUCCGUCCCUGUGGUCCUACGGAGAAAGCCCACAAUCAUCAAAGUGAUCGAGCAUAAGGAGAGCUAUAGUCCAGGGACUCCGAGCAGGAACAGCUUCGGAGCGGAUCGCAAGGAAAACGAGACCUGGAGGCAACUGGAAAGUCCAACUCGUGUCGAGGCUGGAAGAACGUCUCCGGUACAAAAUGGUGAAUCUACUCCUGCUGAGUUUGCUGCACAAGAACCCAAGGGACCGGCUGUCAGGAAAUGGAGCUUGGGACUCCCUCAGGAGACCUUUCAGGAAACCCCAAAAAAAGACCACCGGGAGGCGUUUGCCGCCCGAUGGAGCUCAACUCCAUGCCUCACCCUCAUUCAAACUCCGGACCCUCACCAGUCUCCGGAGGAAGUCCUGGCCCUAAACGCGGCCGCCAUCAUCGCGAACAUCAAACUCCAGCGGCAGCUCAGUAAGAAGAAACCAGCACCCUGCGAUUUGGAGGGGGAUCCCGCCGCCUCCCCGCAGGGAGAUUCAGUCAGGGGACGGUGGGCACAGGCUCACAGCAACCUUCCAACCCGGGAUGAGCCUUGGUCUGACCCUGCACCUCCCACUCUUGACCUUCAAAAAUCCCGUCCCACUGUUUCUCUCCAGGAAGCCCUGCUGAAAUCCAAGCCGCGCUUCAUCGCUCGCUCGCAGGAGCGCGUGCAAAAGAUGGCGAGGAGGGCCCAGGAAAGGAAAGAGCGCUCCAGGGCAGGAGCCUCGCAAACGCUUGCCCGUCGUCCCCGCAGAGGAGCUCACCAACAGGCACGCUCCAUCAACGAUAAUCUGUCAAAAUCCAGAGAAGGAUCCAAGGAGCUCAAAUCAAAUCGGCCACUAACAGAAGUGAAGAAGCGAAAAGAGGAAGCAAAGAAGAAGAAGGAGGCCUGUUUGACCAACAGACAGCGCGUGGAGCUUUUCAAAAAGAAACUUUUGGAUCAGAUUCUUCACAGGAGCAGCAACUGAAUGGCAUCUGACGGGAUUUUCUAUCUAUGUACAUUUUUGUAUCAGCGAUUUUCAUUGUUGUUGCGUGGCAGAUGAUCAAAUCCUUGCCAACAAAUCAACCAUUGCUGUGCUCCCGUGGUGGUGCAAAGCAGACGGCCAUCCCGUGGCGGCGGUGCCAAGCUAUUAAGCGGCAAGAUGGCCGAAUGUGACCUCUCUGCCACAUUUUAAUGAAGAGCAACCGGUUAGAAUGGUGUCUUUGUCCCAGUGCACACUGGCUGUUUCUUACAGAGCUCAGCCAAAGUACACGAGUAUGUCUCAGAAGCACAGCUCAGAUAUUGAGACCAAAAAUGGACGAAAUCACUUUUCAGAUAAGUGCAAAAAUUAAGUGAAGACAGGCAUCGGACGAAUACUGGUCUAAAUCAAGGUUGAGUUCUAAUUUUUGACAUAGAUGGUGCGAUCCUUUAUUGCACUCAACACUUUUCCUGAUUCAUUCGUCUGACAUUGUGCCACUCUCAUUUCCAAGAUGGCCCCACCCAAGAAUCCGGCUUCAGCUCCCCAAAAGCAUGCCAGAAAGUCAGAGUCAGAGAUUCAAAGACUCAAAAAGGAAUUGAAGUAUUGUCGCAUCAGUCUGAGUGCUAAUGCAUCUGGAUGUUAGUAGGCUACUCUCCAUACCGAAAAAUACAAAAUUGUAAGUCAAGUCAUUAAGGUGGCACUGUCCAACUCAAGUUUAGUUCACUUAUUUGUUAUUCGUUGUAUAUGUAAACUAAUUCAUUAAAGAUAUUUUUCCUUGUCA